UUUUUAUUAUGCGUUAUUCACAAUUUAGUGAGUCACGAUGGAACAUUUAAAAACUUUUUAAUUGUUGUUGUCUAUGCUGAAAAUGUCUUUUACGAAUUUGUAGUGAUGGUGGCUGGCUUCCUUGCAAACGGAGCGUCAUAAAUUACAUCUAAUUUGUAAAUUUUACUGAAUCUUUGGUCGUUCAACGAUCUUUACAAUAGUGAUCUAAGUGCUCAAGAAGUUUCACAACUAAUCGCAACAAUGAGCUCAAGCGUAUGCUACAAGUGUAACCGGACGGGGCACUUCGCCCGCGAGUGCACGCAGGGCGGCGUGGGCGCACGCGACGCUAGCUUCAACCGGCAGCGGGAGAAGUGCUUCAAGUGCAACCGCAUCGGACACUUCGCAAGGGACUGCAAGGAGGAGGCCGACCGUUGCUACAGAUGUAACGGCACGGGGCACAUAGCGCGCGAGUGCGCGCAGAGUCCCGACGAGCCGUCGUGCUACAACUGCAACAAGACGGGGCACAUCGCGCGGAACUGCCCCGAGGGCGGGCGCGACAACUCCAACCAGACGUGCUACAACUGCAACAAGUCCGGACACAUCUCGCGCAACUGCCCCGACGGCACCAAGACCUGCUACGUGUGCGGCAAGCUGGGCCACAUCUCGCGCGACUGCGACGAGGAGCGGAAUUAACACACGCCCCCGCCCGCACACCAUAUAUUAAAUAAACUAUGUAUAUUAUGAUGCCACGCACGGACGAUAAGCAAAGGACGCGACACUAGGAUCAGUAUCGUAACACACACGACUGUAUCAAAUUAUACAUGCAACGGAAUUACUAAAAGGAGUCGACGCAGCGGCAGCGGCAGCAGCGGCGGCAGCGACAGCAGCAGCAGCACGGAGCGCAGCGCCGCGCCCGACGCCGGCGCUCGCCGCUCGGAUGGAGACUUGUAUAUACUCGUAGGUCUGGAGAUUCGGCGGAGAUCGCAGAUAGGCUAAUGUUUGUUCUCGCACCACGUGAUGGAGUUAUUGUGUUUUUAAAUCAUUUAAUAAUCGUGAUUGAACUAUUGAUGAGGUAGCGUUACAGUUUUAGCAUUACAGAGUAUAUAUUUAAUAUAUUUUGUACAGAUUUUUUUGUCAAAAGAUAAAUUGGAUGCUGGCGUACCAUGAGUUUUCAAUGAGAAGAGAGGAGCCCCCGGAGCGACCCGACCCCCCCGCGGACUCUCUUGUUCGUCUAGUUGUACACUGUACAGUGAGUCAGUGACGUUGCGAUCGACACCGCGAGACCGCCCGACUGUCUGACACAUUAUCCUAUCAUAUUAUUACUCUUGGUGGUUUAUUUUUAUUGAUCAAUUCCUUUGUUUAUGAUCCUGCUGACUUGUGGAGAAUUCAGUGGUUAAUUAGAAUUUCAUCAAUCA